CUGACCGUGCCGAGAUCCAUCCUCUGGAUCCCGGACAUCGCCAUCCAGGAGGAUACCUCUGACGUCGGCACGGUCCUGCAGGACCCGUUUGCCGUGGUGUAUCCCAGCGGUUUGGUGAAAGUGAGCGAGCGCAAACGGCUGACCUACAUCUGCCAGCUGGACCUCUUCCUGUUUCCCUUCGACCACCAGCGCUGCAACAUGACUUUCGAGUCCAUGAGCUCCGACGUGCAAUACAUCCAAAUUACAGCCACAGGAGAAGAGAUGACCCGCAAGAAGCCGCCGGGGGACUUCCUGAAAUCACAGGGAGAGUGGAAACUCAAAACCAUACAAAGCUUUGAAUUCCUCACUGUCAACGUUAAAGCAUCUAAAAGCAACCUUGUGUACAUGGUCGUGUUCCAGAGGAAGCCGUUCCUGUACAUAAUAAACUUGAUCAUGCCCCUGCUGUUUCUGCUGGUCCUGGAUCUGGCCUCGUUCUUCAUCGGCGAGGCCCGAGGCGAGAAGCUGAACUUCAAAGUGACGGUGCUGCUGUCCAUCUUUGUCCUGCUGCUGAUCCUUCAGGACAUCCUACCCUCCACCGAGGAGAACCUGCCAAUGAUGGAUCCGGCCCUGGGUCCUGGUGCCACGGCCGUGAUAGCUUGA